AUGGAACCAUUUCGACAUAUCUAGACAUGAGUUGGCCUUGACACAUGGAUGAUGGGUCAACAAGAGUUUUUAAGUGAUUUUGGUAGUUUGAACACCUAUCUGAAAAGGUUUUGUAGUGAAUGUUGAAUCUGUUCAAUCAAACUCGACUAACUCAAGUUAGCUGUCUCACUGGAAAAACGGUAAACUCGGUUUAAUGGGGAGGUCAUGUGCUGAUUCGAGUUAGUGGGCCGAUGACAAAUACCGUAAAGUCUCUGUCAGUAAUGGUGGGAUACAAACUCAGUACACACCUCAAAUGAUUCAUUGAUACCAACUCACUUGAUUGGAUGGCUCGGCCCAACCAGAGAGUGAAAGAACUGUAACUCAACAUGCUCACUGUGUCCUCAACUUUGACAAAAAGUAGCAGAUAAUGAAUGUUGAAAAAAAUAUGAUGAUCAAGUUAAUAGGCAGGUGAAUUGCUUUUAGUGCCUAUCUGUUUCCCGGCGAAAUUAGUGUGUUUAAGUUAGAGGCUCUAACUUUGUACUCUUGCAAGUUGGCGUUUUAUGAAGUUCAACUCACUCUUAAUGGAAUGGUGUGCCACAUGCAGUAUGGCGGACGGGGGUGCGUAUCUUUCAAAAGCCAACUAAGAGCAUUUUCGUCGCACUUUCGUCAUCGAUGACUUCAGAACACACCGACGGUGAUUUAAUUUUUGAAUGUCCGUAUUUUAUAAAUAUGCGACAUUUCACGUUUUCUGUGGUGAUUUUUACACUGAAAAAGGCAAACUUUCCAGAUUUUUCAUCGUUUGCGAAAAUUAACAGUAGCGCCGCCAACAGCCCCGGAGGCCUCUGCUCGAAACGACGUUUCCAAAUUUUGUAAAAUACCUGAAUUAUACACAAUUCAUCAUGUCUUAACGUGUUUAUUGGCAUCGUUGUUGGUAAAAGAACAUCCAAACAACGGUAAAACGUCACUAUAAAACCGUGCAACCAUGGGCAGCUUUCUAAGUGCAAAACGAGAAGACUUCCUGAGUCUGAAGUGUGCCGAAAACGAAAGUCACAUUUCAACGUGCACGUGUUGAAUGACACCGACGGGAGAACACAAAAGUUUUGAUUUAGGUGUCCAGAAUGAGCCAGUGGAAGCAAAUUCAGCAACUGGAGAUGAGGCUCCUGGAGCAGGUGGAUUAUUUGUAUGAUGACAAUUUUCCAAUGGACAUCAGGCAGGGUCUGGCCAAUUGGAUUGAGGCUCAGGAUUGGGACACGGCCGCUGACGAGGACUCGGCGGCGGCGGUGCUGUUCUCCUGCUUGUUGUCCCAGCUGGAGGCGGCGCUGUCCCAGGAGCACAACUUUCUGCAGAGACACAACAUGAAAAUCAUCCAGCAGCAGUUACAGGGGAAAUAUGCCAACAACCCGGCAGCCAUGGCCAGGGUGAUAUCCAACUGCCUCAAAGAGGAACGGCGGAUCCUCUCCACUGCUUGCACGCAGCAGCAGGGACCACCGGAGAAAUCCCUGCAAAAUUCGGUGGCCCUUGAGAGGCAUAAGAACAUGGACCUCCGAAUCGGGAUGAUCCGGACAAGUGUGCAGAUGAUGGACCAAGGAGUCAAAUACAUCGAGAACAUGCAGGAUGAUUUUGAUUUCCGCUACAAGACGCUGCAAUCUCGAGAUCCGUCUGAGAGGAACUCUGAGUUCAUGAAACAGGAAGUCACAAUAUUACAGGAAAUACUCAACAGGCUCGACUUCAAAAGGAAGGAUAUUUUGUCCAAGCUAGCCAUGGUCAUCCAGGAGAUUGACGACCUGAUGAAUUCUCAGCUGGACGCGGCGCUCUGCGACUGGAAGCGCGACCAGCAAAUGGCCGCCAUCGGAAGUCCGCUGCUCGCGAGCCUCGACCAGCUGCAGACUUGGUUCACUCUGACGGCGCAGAGUCUGUUCCAGGUGAAGCGGCAACUGGACAAGCUCGGGGAGCUGGUUCUGAAAGUCACUUACGAGAGCGACCCCAUCCCCGUGCAGAAACCUCCCAUGGAGGAGCGCGUUCACUACCUCAUCUACCACAUCGUCAAGAGCUCAUUUGUGGUGGAGAAGCAGCCCUGCAUGUCGACGCAUCCGCAGAAACCUCUCGUCAUCAAGACCGGGGUGCAGUUCACCACCAAAGUCAGGCUCCUGGUUCAACUUCCGGCGGUGGAUUAUCAGAUCAAAGUGAGAACAACGUUUGACAAGGACCUCCCUCCUGGCAGAGUGACCCGUCAGUUUUUCAUCGUGACCAACCCCACGAAAGUGAUGGAUAUUGAGGACUACUCCAAUGGCUGCCUCUCAGUGGAUUUCCGACACGGAUUGAAGGAGAAGAAAUCCGGCAAUGCCACAAAGAGCAACGAGAGUCUGCUCUCCGUCACGGAAGAACUUCACUCCCUCAGUUUUGAGGCCCACUUCACCAUGCAGGGUCUGAACAUUGAUCUGGAGACGUGUUCCCUGCCGCUGGUGGUCAUUUCAAACGUCAGCCAGAUGCCGGGCGCCUGGGCCUCCAUCAUGUGGUAUAACCUUCUGAACCGGCAGCCCCAGAAUUUGUCCUACUUCAGCAAUCCGACGCGAGCCACGUGGGCUCAGCUCUCCGAGGUUCUCAGCUGGCAGUUCUGCACAAACUCCGUUCAGGGCCUCAACAAGGACCAGCUCGACAUGUUGGGAGAAAAGCUUCUCGGUCAACACUUCUCCAAUAGUGACCACGUCCACUGGUCCAAGUUUUCAAAGGAGAAUAUUCCAGGCAAAUCUUUCAGUUUCUGGACAUGGCUGGACUCCAUCCUGGAAUUGAUCCGGAAGCACUUGCUGCCUGUGUGGAAUGAAAACUACAUCAUGGGUUUUGUGAGUAAAGACAUGGAGCGCGCUCUGCUGCGGGAGAAAAAGUCGGGCACUUUCCUCCUGCGCUUCAGCGAGAGCCAUCUUGGGGGAAUCACCUUCACCUGGGUGCAACACGGCGACAACGGAGAGGCGACGUUCAACUCGGUGGAGCCGUACACCAAAAGCCGGCUGAACGCACUCCACUUUCCCGACAUCAUCCGGGACUACAAGGUGAUCUCGGACGGGGUGGUCCCAAAGAACCCGCUCAAGUUCCUCUAUCCCGACGUCCCCAAAGAUGAGGCCUUUGGACAACUUUACAACAAUCUGCCAAGCAAAGCCUACCCAUACAUACCGUCCACCCUGAUCCCCUGCUCUGAAAUGCGCAGCUCCGAGGUGAGCCCCCCGCCGCCAGCUUGCGAUUCGCCCGAGCCUCCGAUGACCCCGGGAGAGUUUGACAUGCUCAACCAGACCCUCUGCUUCGACAUGGAUGUUAUUAAUUCUCCAUAUUCGGAGUAAAGCCGGAUUCAUGGAAAAGUCGACUCCUGGGACACGACGCCAUAAAACCCGCUCAUCUGAUCGCGUGCUAAGCAUUUUUGUUGUGCUUAUAUUUGAGCUUUUUAGUGCAUUGCGUGUUGUACUGUGUUACAGUGGAUCAAUAAAUGCC